CCCUAUGCCAUCGACGAAGACGGUGAAGUGAUCAUGAUACUCGAAAAUGCCAAUGCCCCUUUUGCAGUCUGGAGUGAGAACAAGAAAGACGUCGAAAUAUCGCAGGAAUCAGAGACCAAAAAAGAAAUAACAAAAUAUGAGUAUCGCAUCCAAGUCUCCGCAAAGCAUCUGAUGCUCGCAUCACCUGUGUUCAAGAAAACUCUGUCUGGGGGAUGGGAAGAGAGUAUCACCCUUGCCAAAAAAGGCCCAGUGGAGAUCAAAGUAGACAGUUGGGAUGUUGGGGCCUUUGUUAUUUUUUAUGAAGACUAUCCACUGUCGACUCAAUGCCAUACCGCGUAAACCGAAUCCGGAACUGCUCUCCAAAACCGCUGUUUCGGCAGAAUAUUACGGAUACCUUAAUAUAAUGAGCAUCUUCAGGGAUGUCUGGAUCAACCAACUGCGGAGCAACUUUCCUACAUCACACUGUCGAGAUGUGCUUUUGUGGAUGUGGAUCUCGUGGGCCUCCCGGGUUCAUGACCUGUUUCAAAAAGCAACCCUGACUGCAAUGGCACAAAGCAACGGAUGGAUUACGAGCCUGACACUGUCAAUCCAAGGUAAUUUUAUUGGUAUGGAUUCCAGGCGAGGCCUUUGGAUUUGUUAUAAAC